UAUCAAUUAAACGUACGAAGAUUUUUUUACCCCACAGUAAUUGCUGCUUAAAAUAUUCUGCACUGUGGUGUGGUUAUUUGAAGGAAAUAGAGUCACCAAGUUCGUAGCGUGCCUAAGUGAUUUACUGCUGUACAAUUGCUUGAUAAUAUGCUUGUUGAUGAUGUGGAACGGGCUUCCAGAGAAGAGGUGGUAAACGCAAAGACAACAACCAGUUUAAAAGCAAAGAAAAUGGAUAUGGGGUUAAAAGGCUUAAACCUGUAAAUUACACCCAUCAAUCCUAAGUCAUUAAAGAAAUAUAAAGGUCCUCAUCAGAGCUCCCUAGUCUUGAAGGAACCAAGAGGCAUUACCAUGGCAACCUCAAGGAGCCUCAUAGCCAGCUGCCGGGUAGGCUGGGAGACGGUGUGCCAUCAUGUCAGCAAAGCUGUGGUAUUCGUUGAUAACCCAAUGGCAGAGUGCCUUCAUUGGUGCAUCGGAGGAGGGAUGCUUCUCCGUGCGGGAGCCGUCAAUAUUAAGGAGUUCUCAUCAUUUGAGAGCGCAACACCAGAGCAGAGAAAGGCAGUAUUUAUUGUGAGCGGUUUGUUGGCUGACACUGUGGAGGAGAUUAUCAAGGAUAUUGUGCAGGCCAGUGACUUCCAAUACUGCAUUGUCAUAACAGCUGUGCCUCAAUCGCUACAUAUACAUCUCCUCGGAGAGGGUCUAGGUGAUGGCUCAGCAGAGAGCGCCCUCUUUGGACAGUUUGAAAACAAGCUGCGGAAGUGGAUGGGUGGCCCAAUUGCUGAAGCACAAGUUCUCCACAUUCCACUUUUUGCUGCGCCACUCUGCCCCAGCCUGUUUGUUGUACCUGCCUACAGUACCAUGUUUCCCCUCUUGACCUCUGACCUGGUCAAAGUUCAAGACAACAGAGAGAAUAGGGGAGACAAGUCAUCAGAUAAAUUUGAUGAUAUUGAGCUUCAUAUGCUACCCAUAGCUCUCCAGACACAACUGAAGAUGCUAGUCUCCGGUAUCAGCAGUUUUUGCGAGCAGCUGAAAGUCAACGAGGACGUGUAUGCCAUUGGUCACACCAGCCGGCUGGUAGCCACAGAGCUAGCCGCACUGCCUUCAGCAAAGGCUAGAAGGAAGGCAGCUCAGCACAGAGCCUCCAUCCUCCUGAUAGACAGGGCGCUGGACCUAGCCGGUGCAGCCAGCCACCUCAGUCGAGAGACUCUAGCCGACCGAAUCCUGUCCCAUCUGGAUCGCCUGCCGGGGCACAACACAGACGUCACUGUCAAUAUGGCUGAUUUGUUCUCAUUAGGAGGAGAGCAGCCAGGUUCAUCACAGGUGAUAUAUCCGGGAUGUUUGUCUCAUCCGGCCGAUCCAACCUCGCAAUCACUCCUGAACACUCUGAUUACCACAAAACAGAAGGAGAGCGUAAUGGAUGUCAACAGGCAGCUAGUGGACAGCAUCUCCAAGGAAAAACUGCUGAAAAUCGGCGGGAAAAUAGGGCGUGUCGGUCCGGAAACCUUACAGACACAUCUACAACUCUUCAAGAACAAUCCAGAUGCACUCCGCAGGAACCUGGGCCUGCUGCAGGUUGCAUCCGCCUGUGUUGAGACCCUCACCCACCCAGGCCAGGCAGAGUGGGAGGGCAGCCUUAGUGCUGAGAAGCUCCUCCUACAAGGGAUGGGGGAUGAUGCAGGGGCACCAAGCCUGGACCAGAUACUCACCAUCCUGGAGAAAGGACAGACGGAGAAGAUGUCCCAUAGCCUGGACACCAUACUUCUCCUGCUGGUCUUUGCCUAUUCCCUAGCAGGAGAUGACGGUGUCAGCUUUGAUGCAGAUGAGAGGAGCUUGAAGAGCCUGCUAGUCCAGGCUAUCCUGGCCCAGAAGGCGCCCUCAGAAUUGAUUACACAAUUUGUCGGGGAGACACAUUCGGAAGACUCAGUCAGAGAAGCAGUCAAUAAACUCUUCAAUAAGCUGAGGUCAAUCGGCAAGUCCAGGGGUCAUCUGCAGCAAUUCAGGUCCAUUUUUGAUCACGGUAGCAUGGUGGCACCGGCUUCCUACAACCCCUUUGUCAAGCAAGUCCUGGAAGCGAUCUUCAGCCCCAACAAGCCUGAACUCCCAGAUGUUGAGUACAAGUCGACGGGGCUCAGGGACCUCAUCAAAACCGGCUUCAGAUUUUUUGUGAAUGUGAGCAAGCCGCGGCCCAGCGACCACCCUCUGUUGAUCGCCUUUGUCCUGGGCGGGGUUACUUGCUCAGAGGUCAGAACGAUCAAGGAGACCGUGGCUAGCCACUCCCCAAACAUGCAGGUGGUCAUUGGAAGCACCUGCAUUUUGAGACCAACAGACGUUCUGAGGUUUCUACUUUGUCAGGACAACCUACAUCCAACAUCAUGAUUGCUGACUAGAUGUGGAGGGCGGGGUUUGAUGCUGGUGGAGGGGGGGGGGGGCUUCAAAUAAAAUGUGUCGCUGCAUGGGAGUGCAAUGCAUAGUACAUGUACAUGUAUAUAGAAUGUUGCAAUCAGUUUAUGAGCUAUUUAAUCCUCCUGCUAUCUGAACAGUCACAGACAGUCAAAAAAAUCAAUCCUCUUCCCCUGCCAUGCCUUUUACAAGGGCUAGUCACUAACGGUUAGAUCAUAUUUCAAGCAAGCACUGUGACUAGUCAAAUUCAGCCAACUGGCAAAAGCAGCCAAGUGGUAGGCAC